UGUACAAACAUGUCUUCGUUCACCUUCCUAUUAUUCUGCUCUGUAGCCUGCUUUAUUCAGGACGCAUACGGCCAGUAUUUAGGUGCCGCGCCUGGUUUAGGAUAUGCGCCUGCUCUUGGAGUUGAAGCAGAGCUUCCUUGUAGUUCCGGACUAGCCGCAGAAGUAGCUUACGGUCCAGGCCUAGCCCCCGGCCUUCUCGGCGCUGCACCCUACGGAUACGGCCUUGCAGGUCCGGCUGCGUUUGCUGGUCCGGCGCCAUACGGUCCGGCCGCUGCAUACGGCAUGGGUCCGGCUUACGGCGGCGCCGGCGUGGGAGACGUGUCCGUCGCCGGGGAGAUGCCGGUCGCCGGCACCACUCUAGUAGCAGGACAGGUGCCUAUCCUUGGCGCAGUGCAGUUCGCUGGUGAAAUUCCAGCUGGAGGCGUUGUAUCUAUAGCCGGAAGAUGCGGAUGCGGUUGCGGUGGACCAUAUAUGUACUAG